AAAAAACCUACCCUCAAGAAUACCACAUAAACAUCAUAAUGUCUACUGAAAAGAAGGAAAUCGUUGUCUUAGGAGCUGGAGUAAUUGGUCUGCAAACCGCCCUGACCCUGCUCGAGUCUGGAUAUUCGGUGACUAUCAUUUCCAAGUAUUGGCCUGGGGAUGAGCAUAUCAACUACACCUCCCCAAAAGCUGGAGCCCACUGGAGAACUCACGCCGGGCCCGACGACCUCCAGGGCCAGCGCUUUGACAAAGAGACCUACGAAUACUGGCUCGAGCUCGUAAAGAGAGACGAAGAUACAGGACUCGUCUUAAUUCCCCUAAUAUACAUCUGGGACCACCCAACCCCCGAAACCGCCAACUCGGGCGCAUCGAUAUGGUGGUCAACGCUAGUCCCCAACUUCACCCCGUUAACCCACCCGCACCCGCUCCUCCCGGCAACCGCGCACUUCGGCAUAAUGUACAAGUCCUUCUGCCUGAACCCUCAGAAGUACCUCACGCACCUGCUCUCCCGCAGCGCUGAUUACGGCGUGAAAACGCACACACAUGAAGUCGAUACCCUGACUGAGGUCUUCGGGUACGUCCCUGACGCAGUCGGCGUUGUGAACUGUACUGGCCUGGGAGCGAUAGACCUUGUUGACCCGGUUGAGGCGGAGAAGCUGUUCCCGACGAGGGGUCAGACGAUACUUGUCCGGGGGGAGGUGGAAACGGGAAGAUUGAGGGUUGGAGAGGGGUAUAUUGCCUACGUUAUUAGACGGCCGGGGGAGGGGACAAUAUUGGGGGGGUGUAAGGUGGAUGGGGACUGGAAUGCUGAGGUUGAUAAAGAGUUGUCGAAGAGUAUUGUUGAGAGGUGUAAGAUUUUGGCGCCGGAGCUAUUGGUUGAUGGAGAGUUUGAAGUCAUUUCCGAGCAGGUUGGGAGGAGGCCAAGUAGGAAGGGAGGUCCCAGGAUUGAAGUUGAGUGGAAGGAGGUUGAGGGGAGGAGAUUUAUAUGUCAUCACUAUGGGCAUUCUGGUGCUGGGUGGGUGUUCUCGAAAUAA